AUGAAAGAUAUAUUAUAUCUUGGAUGGAAUUUGUUGGUGAUUAAUUCUUUUGUAAAACAACUUGCUUGUGUUGGACAAAAGACGUUCUCAAUCAACGAAUACAGAAUAGACGAAAAGAAUGGCAAAGUAAUUGAAAACAAAACAGGAAAGACGUUCUUGUUGAAAGACGUGAUAAAGAAGACGGACGAGAAUAUAACACUUUGUCCUCAAACAAUAUUUUCUGACUGUGAAGCAUGGCUUAACAUCUCCAGACAUGAAUACGUCAUUCUUACUAACUUAACUUUAUACCACAAUGCAACAAACCUGAUGUAUCCAUUUGGAAAGUAUUACGUAAAAAAAAUAAUGACACUGCUGGUUACGUUGUCGACGACGCAAAUGUCAGCACACUGA